UUGGUAUAGCGCCCUCCAUUGACAUUCAGAACACAAUACUAUUAAAGUCAAUAAAAAAGAAAGAUGUCGUCGAAUCUAACCAACGUGACUUCUGUCGCUGAAUUUGACAAGCUUGGGGAGACAGCAGGGAGUAAUCUUCUAGUUGUGCACUUCUGGGCUGAUUGGGCUCCACAAUGUGUAUCAAUGAAUGAAAGCAUGGCUGAGGUGGCUAAGCAGUAUCCAAACAGCCAAUUUGCAAAGGUUGAGGCUGAAGUAGUUCCAGAUUUAUCUUUGAAAUAUGACAUCUCAUCAGUUCCGACAUUUGUUUUUCUGAAGAACAAACAGCGUGUUGAUACAUUACAUGGUGCCAAUGGUCCCGAGUUUAGUAAAAAAGUUGAGUUCUAUUCUAAAGCCUCAUCAAGUCCAGCUCCUCCUCCUCCUGCUUCUCAAAAGAAGACAACGGAAUCUCAAAACACAUCAAAAGAAGCCCCAUCAAAAGAGGAUUUGAAUGCCAGACUAAAGAAGUUGGUAAACUCUGCCCCCUGCAUGCUAUUUAUGAAGGGUAACCCUGAUGAACCAAAGUGUGGCUUCAGUCGUACUACAGUUGGAAUCUUGAACGACAAGAACAUUGACUACAAGACAUUUGACAUCUUGGGCGACAAUGACGUUAGACAAGGGCUAAAGACAUACUCUAAUUGGCCAACAUAUCCACAACUCUACUUGAACGGGGAGUUAGUUGGUGGACUUGAUAUCAUCAAAGAAAUGAAUGAGAAUGGCGAUCUGGAUGGGGAUUUCCCUAUAAAGGAUUUGAAUGCCAGACUGAAGACGCUGGUCAACUCUGCCCCCUGCAUGCUAUUUAUGAAGGGUAACCCUGAUGAACCAAGAUGUGGCUUCAGUCGUACUACAGUUGGAAUCUUGAACGACAAGAACAUUGACUACAAGACAUUCGACAUCUUGGGCGACAAUGAUGUUAGACAAGGAUUGAAGACGUUUUCUAACUGGCCGACGUAUCCACAGUUAUAUCUGAAUGGUGAUUUAGUUGGAGGACUGGACAUCAUUAAAGAAAUGUUAGAGAAUGGCGAUCUAGAUGAAGGAUUUCCAACCAAGAGCUGAGUAAUUAAGAACGACCAUCAAACAGUUUCCUUAUGACAAUCCAUCGAGUUGGAUCGAUGAAUUCAAUACAUCCAUCACCUGUACUCACUACUUUUAAGACAACAACUCUACUUGCUACUCAAAAGAACAUUUCCAUUCCUAUUAACUUUCGAUUGCAAGUUUUGAGUUCUGAUUAAGUGACUGUGGAUUGUCUAAACCACCCAUGGGUAAAGAACAGAUGGUAAAGGGCAACAUGGACGUCAAAGUUAAGUGUGUGGUUUACUGGAAGUUACAAUUGUACAUUUACAAAAGGAAAACAAUCCACCUGUGGCCACAUGACAAGAUAAGAAACAUCUUUGUCAAUAACAUCAUCAUCAAUAUGCAUUUUGUUGUAGUUGGGUAUGACUUCUGAGAAAAAGGCUGAGACAGCAAAGCAUUGUAUGUAGUUGAAGUGAUUCUCAUUAUGUUUAAAGGCAGUGGACACUAUUGGUAAUUGUCAAAAACCAGUCUUCUCACUUGUUGUAUCUCAACAUAUGCA